AUGCCGGCCAUGGUGGAGAAGGGGCCCGAGGUCUCAGGGAAGCGGCGGGGGAGGAACACCGCGGCCGCCUCCGCCUCGGCCGCCGUCGCGGCCGCCGCCUCCGCCUCCUCCUCGUCUUCCUCCUCCUCCUCCUCCUCCGCUGCCUCCGCCUCGGCCGGCGCCUCCGCCUCCGCCUCGACCACCGCCGCCUCGGCCGCCGCCGCCGCCGCCGCCCCCAAUAAUGGUCAGAAUAAAAGUUUGGCGGCGGCUGCGCCCAAUGGCAACAGCGGCAGCAACUCCUGGGAGGAAGGCAGCUCGGGCUCCUCCAGCGACGAGGAGCACGGUGGCGGCGGCAUGCGGGUCGGUCCCCAGUACCAGGCGGCGGUGCCCGACUUCGACCCCGCCAAACUGGCAAGGCGCAGUCAAGAACGAGACAAUCUUGGUAUGUUGGUGUGGUCACCUAAUCAGAAUCUGUCAGAGGCAAAACUGGAUGAGUACAUUGCCAUUGCCAAAGAGAAGCACGGCUACAACAUGGAGCAGGCUCUUGGGAUGCUCUUUUGGCAUAAGCAUAAUAUUGAAAAAUCACUGGCUGAUUUGCCCAACUUUACCCCCUUCCCAGAUGAGUGGACUGUGGAAGAUAAAGUCUUAUUUGAACAAGCCUUUAGUUUUCAUGGGAAAACUUUUCAUAGAAUCCAACAAAUGCUUCCGGAUAAAUCUAUAGCAAGUCUGGUGAAAUUUUAUUACUCUUGGAAGAAGACGAGAACUAAAACUAGUGUGAUGGAUCGCCAUGCUCGGAAACAAAAACGGGAGCGGGAAGAGAGUGAGGAUGAACUGGAAGAAACAAAUGGAAGUAACCCUAUUGACCUUGAAAUUGAUCAAAACAAGGAAAGCAAAAAGGAGGUUCCCCCUACUGAAACAGUUCCACAGGUCAAAAAAGAAAAACAUAGUACUCAAGCUAAAAAUAGAGCAAAAAGGAAACCUCCCAAAGGAAUGUUUCUUUCUCAAGAAGAUGUGGAGGCCGUUUCUGCCAAUGCCACUGCUGCUACCACUGUGCUGAGACAGCUGGACAUGGAGUUGGUCUCCAUCAAACGACAGAUUCAGAAUAUUAAGCAGAUGAACAGUGCUCUUAAAGAAAAACUUGAUGGUGGAAUAGAACCUUACCGGCUUCCAGAGGUCAUUCAGAAAUGCAAUGCACGUUGGACCACAGAAGAGCAACUUCUCGCUGUACAAGCCAUCAGGAAAUAUGGCCGAGAUUUUCAAGCAAUCUCAGAUGUGAUUGGGAACAAGUCAGUGGUACAAGUGAAAAACUUUUUUGUAAAUUAUCGACGUCGCUUCAACAUAGAUGAAGUUUUACAAGAAUGGGAGGCUGAGCAUGGUAAGGAAGAAACCAAUGGGCCCAGUAACCAGAAGCCUGUCAAGUCCCCGGAUAGUUCUAUCAAGAUUCCUGAGGAGGAAGAUGAGGCUGCUUCUGUCCUCGACGUCAGAUACACACCUGCCUCAUGAGGACUGCAGGUAGCAUUGAACACUUGUGUGGACUACAUAUUCUCCAGGACAUCAGGUAUAACAGGACAGCACCUAGCCAUCUGCAUCACAUCUCUGUGGACAAGCAGCUAUUACCAAAAAAGGCGUACACUUCCAGUCCUGUGCUCCAUCUGCCUUAAUUCUCUGCUCGUUCCUUCAUGUUGGCACGACUUCCCAGAGAGCUCCAUUGCAUCUCAUUCUGCCUAAGUGCUGGGGAACCCAUGGCCUGCACACCUCCCUGGCUCUGGAACCUGCCCCCCACCCCAAGUUGGCUCCUCUGAGCCCCACCUGUGGCAGCUCUCCCAGUCAGCAGCUUCAGAACAGGUAGUCUUGAAAGGCCUGGCUCUGUCCCUGCAUGGCCUGCAGUUUCAACUUUGUAUACCGUAUCAUUACCAGAAGGCCCUGUCAGCCUUCCAGAAAAUUUCUGUUGUUUUUUCCUGGAGCCACCAUGUAAGUAAUACCAUGCUUCUUUGGCGAUCACAGUACAUUAGCAGACUGCAUCCAAUCCCUCUAUCCCCCCAAGCUGCCUGAUACAGCUCAUGCUUCCCUAAAUGUAGGGUAGAAUUAUGGUUUUUAAAUUAGGUGGCUCCUCCCUCUUCCCUUUCUUCCUUCCCAAGUGGUAAUAGCUCAUUCGUAGCAGUUGUCUUUGAACACUGUAUGUUAAUGAGAACAUGGACCUCAACGCUUUCUGCCUUCAACCUUCAGCAUUAUAAUCCCAAGGUGGGCACACCCCAUCUUUUCCUGAUCCCCUGACUACCACUACCACCACCCAUAUCCGAGAGAUUUGGUUUAUAUCGCUGUACCUGGUGCUUGUACAUUGGAAUUGGUGCCUUCUCCUUUUGGCAACCAUGUUAUUAAUCUCUUUUCUGUUCAAGUGUCUUAUUUAAAGUUUUUUGCUUGCCAAAGAUGACAUCAUUGAGAUAGGAGAUGAGGAGAGCUUCUGCAGAUACCAACAAAGUGCAGCUAAGAUUAGAAAAUUCUAUUAGGAAAACUGGGGGUGGUUUUAUACAAGACACACACCAUUAGCUCCCAUCCUUUUGGUGUAUCUGGCCUGUCGAAUGUCACUCUCUGUGUCCUUUUGUGUCACUCAUGCACUGAUGUGAUCACACAUCCUCUCUUCAUAGCAGAGCACAGGACAGAAAAGUGAUCACUGAGUUGCUCUAGUCAGACCAAGAUGAAAAGACACAAUCUCCAGAGUGCUAAGUGAUGCCUUUUGGUUGAAUUGGGAACAAGCAAAGUUUUCUAAUAAAUGUCCUGAAUCUUCCAGAAUCACUUCUGUCCUCUUACCAGACUGGGCCUGCUGAGGGGUGGGGAGUGCGUAGGCCUGCAGCCUGGCACCCCACGGCCAGUCUGCACUGCUGUGGAUGUGCGGAAGCAGCUUUCAUUGUUUGCAUUGUUUGAACAUUUUUUUCUGCUUUCAAUACCAAAAAGAAAAAAAAUGUAGAUGCUUUAAGGCAUAUACAGAAUUCUUAAGAAUUUAAAAUAUGCAAUUAAAAUUUGAUGUGUUUUGACUCCCAAGCACCUUGACUUUGUUUUUGUUUUGUUUUUAAAUUGGCUGAUUUUCUCUUUAGAAAGAGGCUCAGCGGUAGAAACAAAGGUUUUUUUUGUGGGGUUGAGUAUUUUUUAAGAAGUCUGGAGAAAGGUCAUUGCAAAGGGGAGCACAGAGGGACUUUUUCAUGUUGUCCCACACCAGGUGUCUGAUGGUCAAGAAGAGCCUGUGAAGACGAGCAUGGGGGAGGGCCAGAAUGCUACCCCUUCCUUAGGACAGGAAGCAAAGGAACACUAGCAAUGGGUCAGGUUUGUUUUUAUCCUAAGUCCACUGUAUAGUUGAAGGAUGGAACAUGUGGGGACACUAAGGCUCUUGCUGAAGCUUUGCUUGUCUGCUUUUUGUGCGUCCUCCCUCCCAGGAGCAGCGGCAGUUGCUGUAGUGGCUUUCUUACUCCGCCACUGGUCCUGUGUCUCUUCAUGUCCAGGCUAUUUCUUUAAGAGGUGAUUCCUCCUGCAGUGCCUAGACGGGAUGCUCAUUCUAAUGGCGUGGCAAGCCAAGCAGCUGUGCUGGGCACCAGGCUGCCUUCUGCAUUGCCUCUCCCUUGCUUCCUGGCACUGAGGGGCCUCCAGCCCCAAAGAAUCACAUGCUGGUGUGCUUGUGACCAUAGCCGCUGAAUUUUGGCCUUCUCUCCAAAGGAGAGGGACCUGCCAUUUUUAUUUGAAGGAGGGGAGAAGUGGUCUUUGCCUGGCUGCUAUUGCAAGUGGUCUCAUGUUUUAAACUUUUUUCUUUAUAGUCUUUGCAAUGAUGCAAAUGUAAGCCAGCACUUAGCUUUCAAAGCUGAGUGCUCUGGUCUUGUGUAUGUGACGAUCUCAGCAUAUCAGAAGGCAAGGGAGCAGCAGGUUGGUUUGGGACGUGACGACUGCUUCAGAUGGAAUGUCACUUAAGCUUUGUGUUCCUAAAAUUACCAAUGUGAAUGUCAUAAUUAUAUAUAUUUUUGUGGGAAAGAUCUCCUAAGUAUAAGUUAUUGUGCAAAAUAUAGUAUCAUGGACACAAAUAAUGGUCUAACUUUUAGUUUAGAAAUCCCUAAAAGAUAUAAAUUGUACUACAUAUGCAUUAAAAGUUUGUUUUAUUUAAUUUUAUGUAGAUGUGUAAAGUGGUAGGUAAAAGUUCUUUUCACUUAUCCAUUUAAACACCUUGUUACUUGAAUAUUGUGUUUUUUUGGGUCAGCAGUAUGACCACUUGUGUGGUGCAGCUCUGACCAGUCACCAUGCCUGUGUGCUGUGCUUGGUGUGGCAAUCAGGUGCUGUGUUGCAGGAGCCGAGGUUAGUGUAGCACACCAAGACACACCACUCCUAAAAAUGGUUUCUGGUAGUUUUUCAUAAUACCCAAUGAUGGUCACAAGCCUCAAUCAAAAAAGAAAAAACUUACUGUGGUGGAGUAAUCAAUUAGGCAGUUGUUUUCUAUUUAUAUAUAAUUUCCCCAACUACCACACAACACUUCAAGUGUGCUCAUUGUCACUUUAAAUUUCAACUACACUCUAUUUUUGUCUUUCUAAAUAUCAGGUGUACUAUUGGUAUAAUUGCACACCAAAUAUAAGCCAAACCGUGCAUUACACUAACUGGAUCCCUGCUUUCUUGUGAGCCAAGGAAAGACAAGCCAACCCCAGCGACAGCCUGUCUUUCUCUCAGGUCCAGCCUGUUUCUACACCUAGCAACCCAGGAUUUAAGCGUUUAGUAUCAAGUAAAUUUUGCCUCAGAUGGACUCCAGGUAGCUAGACAUCCUUCCCCAGUGACCCUGCCCACCGCUCUUUCUGCACUCCCUGGACCGCUGCAGCGUUUCCCAAGUGUUGUAAAGCACAAUUGCAGGAACAUUACAGUCCAGAAGGAAGGUCAGUGGAGUCUAUGCAUGUUGUAAGAUAAUGAGUGUUUACAGCCACCUUCUCCUAACAGGAAAACUUAUCCAGGAGUGGAUAGUGUCCAUUGUGUAGACUUCAGACUUUGCUAAGUGCUUUUAGAUUGCUUACAAUGUUUUAAAGAUUUUAAAAGAUGUGUAAGGUUAAGUUUGCAGAUAUAAUGGAGAUGCUGUGUAUCUUUUGAAGUGACAAAACCCAAUCUGAAAUUUCAAAAGAAAUACAUUGUAAUAAUGCUGUCGUAAGUAACAUUUUCAUGACUGCCUGUUUUCUACUUCAACACAGUCAUUGUGGGGAAUGUCCAUAGCAUUAUAAUUGCUUAGCCAUUGAAUUAGAACAUUGUUAGUGGAAAUUGGAAAAUUUAUUUGUGACCUUCUGCAGAAUUCAUUUUUCUAUUUCCUAUAUUUGCUGAAGCUAAUAAAAGUUUUCAAACCAUUCAUGUAAUAAAGUAUUAACACAAUUUUCUACA